AUGACCAUCAAUAAUAUAUUGUGGUUUCGCCAUGGGCUUCGCUUGCACGAUAAUCCCAGCCUGCUGGAAGCGCUCAAGAGCGAUUGCAUGAAUCAGUCCAGUGAGGCGGUGAAGCUGUUCCCGAUCUUCAUAUUCGAUGGCGAAAGUGCAGGCACCCGCAUCGUGGGGUACAACCGGAUGAAGUUCCUGCUUGAAUCGUUGGCUGACCUUGACCGGCAGUUUCGUGAUCUUGGCGGACAGUUGCUAGUGUUUCGGGGGGACAGCGUAACCGUGCUUCGCCGUUUGUUCGAGGAGCUGAACAUCAAAAAACUGUGCUUCGAGCAGGACUGUGAACCGAUCUGGAAGGAACGCGAUGAUGCCGUCACGCAACUGUGCCAGAAGAUGGAUAUCCGAUGCGUGGAGAACGUAUCGCAUACGCUCUGGAACCCGAAUGAGGUGAUACAGACAAAUGGUGACAUUCCACCGUUAACGUAUCAAAUGUUUUUGCAUACGGUGAACAUAAUUGGAGAUCCACCUCGUCCGGUCGGUGCACCAAAUUUCGAAUACAUUGAGUUUGGCCGCAUCCCGGCCAUACUUUCUUCCGAGCUGAAGCUUUGCCAGCAAAUGCCUACGCCGGAAGAUUUUGGCAUUUUCUACGAAGGCGAUGCGAACAUUGCCUUCCAGAAGUGGAUUGGCGGCGAAUCGCGUGCUCUGGAAGCGCUUGGCGCACGGCUGAAGCAAGAAGAGGAAGCUUUCCGCGAGGGUUACUAUCUGCCAACGCAGGCCAAACCGGAAAUUCUUGGUCCAGCAACGUCCAUGAGUGCGGCUCUCCGUUUCGGCUGUCUUUCCGUACGUAUGUUCUACUGGUGUGUGCACGAUCUGUUCGAGAAGGUGCAGUCGCACAGCCAGUUUAAGUAUCCCGGAGGCCAUCACAUCACCGGGCAGCUGAUUUGGCGCGAAUACUUCUACACGAUGUCGGUACAAAAUCCAUACUAUGGUGAGAUGGAACGCAAUCCGAUUUGUUUGAACAUUCCUUGGUAUGCACCGGAGGAUGAUUCGCUGGUCCGAUGGAAGGAGGGCCGGACGGGUUUCCCAAUGAUUGAUGCGGCCAUGCGGCAACUGUUGGCUGAAGGUUGGCUGCACCAUAUAUUGCGCAACAUUACCGCAACAUUCCUUACACGCGGAGGACUUUGGCUAAGCUGGGAGGAAGGAUUGCAACAUUUCCUCAAGUACCUGCUGGAUGCUGAUUGGUCCGUGUGUGCCGGCAACUGGAUGUGGGUAUCUUCAUCCGCUUUCGAGCGAUUGCUCGAUUCAUCUAAAUGCACCUGUCCGAUUGCACUCGCGCGCCGACUCGAUCCGAAGGGUGACUACGUCAAGCGCUAUCUACCCGAACUGGCCAACUAUCCGGUACAAUUUGUACACGAACCAUGGAAAGCUUCCCGGGAGCAACAGAUCGAGUAUGGGUGCGUAAUUGGCGAACAUUAUCCGGCACCCAUGAUCGAUUUGGGCGCAGUGUCGAAGCGUAACGCGCACACGAUGGCCUCGUUAAGGGACAAGCUGGUGGAUGGUGGUUCUACACCGCCCCAUUGCCGCCCGUCGGAUAUUGACGAGAUCAGACAGUUCUUCUGGUUGUCAGAUGACGCCGCAACAGAAGCGUAA